AUGAAACUCUCAACCCAACGCGUACUCGGUUUCCACACUCUAGAUUCGGCAGUCAAACUGAGCGGCCUUGACUGCGUUCUUGUCUCUUUGACUUUCGGCAGGCGGCCGGUGCGGUGCUCGGAAUAUGAUGGUUGGCAGUCGGCAAUUGAGUCAAGGGAGGAGACUGACGUCGCGAAGGGAGAGGGCCACCUGAGAGUAUGUACCGAAGCGCCGAUGUUCUUCCAGAGCGGUGAUCCUCAGGCUAAGCGGCUUCAGAGUGACUCGACCUGGAAUUGGUCGCAACUUGCCAGAGGCCACACAGUCACACCGGUGGAGCUGGUUACCCACUUUCUGUAUGGAGUUCGCCGCGCUUCUGCCUUCAACUCGUCUUUUGAGUCUCUAGACUCUUCAAAGAGCCACUUUGCCGGGGUCUCCGGUGGUGCUUUGGCUUCGAUGGCGUUGAAGGGCGUUGGACCUUGCCCCGGAAAUGAGAAGUGGGCACUGAGCACUGAGCACCCCGAGAACUGGAUCGGCAACGUUUGCGUGGUCAAGCAGCGCAAAGAGGAUGGGUGA